UUGGUGUGGUGUUUGUUAUAGGGUCAAAGGUCUAAAAAAUGUAAGGAUGAGGUUGAAAGCAUGGUGGCGUCGGGGUGAUGGUGAUGGAAAAGGUUGAAACAGGAAAAAAGUGGGAAAGCAUGGGUUUUCUCAUUUCCAUCUUCACACCGCAUCAAGAGGACCCCAAAACAAAAGGACGCAAAACUAACCGACCUUCUGUCUCCGCCCCCGUCUCUCGCAGCGGAGCAGGAGGUGGCAGACCUUGGCCAUAACCACAACCACAACCACGGCGAUGUCUUCUAAUGCCGACUCCACCACGUCGCAGCUCUUGAAUGUCACCAUGGUAGCCGUUGACAAAGGCAAGAGCUGCGCCCACGCCUUUCGUUGGACCAUCAAAAACAUAGACAACCCCGUCAUCAUCGCACUCCAUAUCAAACACAAAAACAUUACUCAUCAGAGCAUCGAUGCUGUACCUCCCGACGAAGACGAUGUAGCACAUGUUUUCAACCACUUACGUCAAAUGUGUCAAGGCAACAAUGUUCAGUUGAAAGAAGCCGUGAUCCAUGACAGUGAUAUUGUGAGAGGAAUAGUGGAAUAUGCACAGAGAAAUCGCGUGAAUACUAUAGUCGUUGGUGCAGGCUCCUCCAACAAGACUAGUUUUGCAAGAAGUCUUUACCUGAGGAGUGGAAGCAAAAAAUUAAAAGGCCAUGUGUCAACAGGCGUAAUGAAAUCAGCACCAGAUCAUAGUUCUGUGUUUGUGAUUUCAAAAGGGAAGAUAGUGGGAGCUCGACCAGCAAUACGACCGAUGGUAAACAUGGUUCAACCACCAAGUGAACAUGCAAAAAGUGAGAACAGGACACAUGGAAUUAGAAGUGGGAGCACCAAUGGAAGAUCAGAAAGAUCACUUGUACUUGAAAUGGCAAGGUCUUCUUCAGUCGGUCAAUCAACGGAACACAGGUUAAUAUUUUGCCACAGCUCGGAUGGAACUGACUCUUCAAAGUCGAACAAGUUAGUGUCAUCAGAUGGAAUUAGACAAGAGUGCGAUCUAUCAGAUUCUCAAUUCACGGAAGAGAUGGAGAGUGAGAUGAAAAGGUUGAAGCUCAAACUGAAACAAACUAUGGACAUGUUGAGUUCAGCUUGCAAAGAAGCAGUGUCAGCCGAAAGCAAGGCUAAAGAGAUUAACCAACGGAAACUGGACGAGGAACGUAUAGCUGAGGUGGCUAAGUUGUCUAAAGAGGCAGCACUUGCAUUGGCAGAAAAGGAGAAAGUUAAAGCCAAAGCUGCAUUGGAAGCAGCUGAGGAAGCCAUUAAGAUGGUUGAAAAGGAAGCACAGAGAAGAUUUAAUGCAGAGAUGAAGGCCAGAAGAGAGGCACAUGAAAAGGAUCGAGCAUUGAAUCAGUUGGCAUGUAGGGAAAUUCGAUGCAGAAAAUACAGUAUAAGCGAUGUUGAAGAGGCCACUCAUAAGUUCUCCCCAGCAUUGAAAGUAGGUGAAGGUGGAUAUGGACCCGUCUUUAAAGGCCAACUUGAUCACACCCAAGUAGCAAUCAAAAUUUUGAACCCUGAAGCUACCCACGGAAGGAGGCAGUUCCAACAAGAGGUUGAGGUAUUAUGCAGCAUAAGGCAUCCUAACAUGGUUCUCCUCAUUGGUGCAUGUCCUGAGUACGGAUGUUUAGUGUAUGAGUACUUAGAGAAUGGUAGCUUAGAAGAUAGAUUACUGAGGAAAAAUGAUAGCCCUCCAAUUCCAUGGUGGAAACGAUUUGAAAUAGCUGCUGAGAUUGCAACUGCACUUCUUUUCCUUCAUCAAACAAAGCCAGAACCAAUUGUGCACAGGGACCUCAAACCUGCCAACAUUCUCUUGGACAGGAAUUUUGUGAGCAAAAUCAGUGAUGUGGGUCUUUCAAGACUAGUGCCAGCUUCUGUGGCUGAUUCUGUCACACAAUAUCACUUGACUGCUGCUGCUGGAACCUUUUGUUACAUUGACCCUGAGUACCAACAAACUGGGAUGCUAACAACAAAAUCAGACGUAUACUCAUUGGGGAUAAUGCUUCUACAAAUCAUCACAGCCAAGGCUCCAAUGGGGCUUGCUCACCAUGUUCUGAAGGCCAUUGAAGAGGGAACAUUUUCAGAAAUGCUCGAUCCUUCGAUCAAUGAUUGGCCCCUUGAAGAGACUCUUGAAUUUGCCAAACUGUCACUGAAAUGUGCAGAGCUCAGCAAAAAGGACAGGCCUGAUCUUGCAACCGUGGUUGUGCCAAAGCUUAAUCAGUUGAGAGAGUUUGGGUUAGCAUCACAUAACAAGCUGAAUCAUAGUCACCCUCAACUUCCUCUCUCGCCUACAAGAACUCAUCUAUCGGAUCCAUAAAAUAGGUUCCAUUAUGGAAUCAUGGCUGUGCCAUGUUAUUUUGAGUAGAAACAUUUACUCCAGUAAACUCCUUGCAGCACUCAUUGUUGUGUUGCAAUGCUAGUUUCCAGCAGCUUUCUUGUAACGAAAGAGUUUCCUUUAAUCCAAAUAGAUGAUGCCUAAACCCUAAA